CGAGUGUUUUGUGAAUAACAAAAAAAAUUAUACAUUAUUGCUAAACAUUUUUACAAAGUACGAAAUUGGAAAACUGAAAACUAUGAGAAAUUAAAUCUAGUUUUCUUUUAAAAUAAUAUAUUUGAUUUUCAAUUGUUAGACAUAAUUUCAGCGGUAUUUGGUUGUUUUUUGUUUUGUAUUAUUUAUUACCGGUCUUAUCAUUGUUAAGACCUCCGCCAGUUCCUUAUUUAACAAAAGAAGAAACGAUAAAAAAAAGAGUGGAAGAUUUGGAAGGAGUUUAACAUGAUCUUCUCGUCCACUAACCAAAAUAAUAAUCAACAAAUACAUUACGAUUCAAACUCAAAUCCAAUAUCACAUAGAAACGUUUCACUUCGGGUGAACUUGAAUUCUGUGAGAAAAGAUAAGUUGAAAAAGUUCAAGACAUCAGUUUUCAGAAGACAUAUCAAAAUGCCUACAACGGUGACAAUUGCUUGGCAAGGAGCCUAAAGGACUAAGAUUUCAUUAGGGACUCAAGAAGAGUUCAACAAAUUCUAUACAAAAUGGUUGCUCAAAAGAUCACCUGUCCGAGUCGGAGCGACGAUAUCGGAAUCAAUCAGUUCAACUCAGACACCAAAAGAUAUGGUUUUUUCGCAAACGAGUCACAAGACUCAAAGUAUUUUGAAAGUGGUAGAAAUAGAUCUUUUAAAGGCAGAAAAGAGUCAACAGGUGAACGGCACGACCGGAGUGGUUACAGACAGACACACAGUCGCGACGCCGUCGCCUGCCGCCAGCUCCAGCUAUUCCGAGGUAUUUCUCAAAACGGAGCCCGAAUUCCCGAGCACAAUGACUCACGAAUCGGACUACGAGUUCUUCGAAGAUUUGGCUCAGUGGUGCGCCGCACCCGCCGCGGCCGCAGCGGCACAGUCCAUUGACAUCCCGAUUUAUACUGAAGACAGGGCACACAACACCGACACACUGCACACACCGUUCUCGCCGCAAGGCUGGGACGUUUUCGACGUUAACUCUUCGGCCCAGGCAAGCUUCUACAAGCCCACAGUCGACCCGCUCUCCCCGAGCGCGGACGGCUCGGUCGACUUCUACACUAAGUACCGACCGCUCGAGCACGAGAACAAGAUUCCCUUCUCCGAGCAGUUCCUAGAUAUUAGCAGCUUGCCUGUGGUGAUAGAAGAUUUAGCGUCGAGGGGAGCCGCCGGUAUGGCGCCAUGGGAGAUCCCGGCGCCGCUCGGCUGGCAACCACACGACACAGAACACAACAAAAACAACACCAACAUACACAACACAUUGCCCUUUAUCGAAGAGGACUCACUGGAUAUGAAAAUGGUUUCGGUAAUACCGCGGGAAGUGGAGAGUAAUAAUGUAGUAAUAUCAGAGUUUAUCUUAAACGAGCACCGGGACGAAGUCGACGGGGCGGCCGGGCCGGGGCGCGCCCGCGGCCUCUCCGUGGACGUGGCGGCGCGCGCCCCGGCCUGGCCCAACGACGAUGACAUCAUCAGCACGCCAGAGGUGCUAAACUACGUCGAACAGCUGGAGACUGAGAAAUGUACACUUCCCAGCCCGACGCCGGUAGCACUGGAUUGGCCGACGCUGGACGCGUCCACGGACAGCUUCACUAAGGCGGAAACAUCGCCGCCGAUGGACUACGAGCCCAUCACACCCAAGUCUGAAUCUCACAAUGAGGUGGAAUCCGACAACGAAGACGGCAAAUCCUACUCGAGUAAGAAACGUCGCGACAGUGAGGAUUCAGACAGGACGUAUGUGCCAUACACGGAGCACUCGCCGCGCCGGUACAGGAAGAGGAAACCCAGCAUACCUAUCAAGGACAUGAUCCGCGCGCUGGAGGGCUCGCAGCAUCUCAAGCCGACAAGGCGUGGCCGUCCGCCAAAACGCAGGGAGAGCGCAGUCUCCUCCGUGUGCAGCGUGGACGAGACCUCCUCUUCCGCCUCCACGCAUGAGCUGCGCUACAGAGAGCUCAGAGACAAAAAUAAUGAAGCAUCCAAAAGAUCGAGAAUGAAUAGGAAAUUGAAGGAAUUACAAAUGGAGCAGCUGGCGAUUGAAUUGGAGGAGAAAAAUAAGAAAUUAAGGGUCAGAGCUGAGAUCCUGGAGGAAAUGACGAAGAAGAUCCGCGCCGACUUCAUGUUGGCCGUAUCCCAGAACCGGCUGAACAGUUAAAGCUGACGGACGCUUCGGCCUGAUGAGAUUAGAUGCAAUUUAUUUGUAUAAAUCUAUAUUCGUAGAUGAUGCCUGACGCGUUUCGGAUGCUUUAAUAUUUAGCGGUAAUUCCGUAAUUUCUGUGAAUAUGGGUUGUAGAUUUAAAAUCUACAUGUGACGUAUCUUUUUGUUUGCUUCGUUGCUUAACAUAAUAACCUCUACCCGGAUAUGACAAAAAGACGAGUCUUCAGACGAGACAAACGUCUUCACGUAAGACAUGGCGAUGUCUUUAAUAUUAUCGUAGUCUACCACAAGACUAGAAAAACAAGAAAAUGUACUUCUUAAGAUUUUUAAUUAUAUAAGAUUGAAUAUGAAAAAUUAAAAAAAAAUAUCAACACUUAAUAUUAUUAUAUUUUUAACACUUAAGUGUUGACCCUUGUUAUAUGAAUUUGUUAGUUUUUCGAGACUAUCUCGAAAUUAAUGUUAAGAAUACAUUUGAUGUAAAAAUCAAAUUUACUUACACUAUAAAACUAAAAUCAAUUUUACUUAAUAUUUUUUAAUUCUAUGCAUUGGUUAUUUUUUUUCCUAAAUAAUGCAUGAUAUUUGAUUGGUAUAGCUUUUAUCUUUAUGUUGUAAUCAAAAUAAACGAUUUGAAAUU